AUGAAGCUUUACUCGAUCUCAGCACUUGCCUCCUUUGCCGGGUUGGCAGCAGCUCUCACGCCCGACCAAUGGCGAUCGCAAUCCGUCUAUCAGGUCAUGACAGACCGGUUCGCACGAACAGAUGGCUCCACUUCAGCCUCUUGCAACCCGGCGAACUAUUGUGGAGGAACCUGGCAGGGAUUGAUCAACAAACUUGACUACAUCCAGAACAUGGGCUUCACCGCGAUCUGGAUAUCUCCAGUCGUCAAGAACAUCAACGAUUCUACAUCCUAUGGACAAGCAUACCAUGGCUACUGGCCGCAGGACAUCUACAGUGUCAACACAAACUUCGGUGCUGCCACAGAUCUCGUCUCCCUUUCGAAUGCAUUGCACAAGCGAGGGAUGUAUCUGAUGGUUGACGUAGUCACCAAUCACUUCGCACAGGCCACGUCUCGUGCCAAUGUUGCUUACUCGACGGCUUUUGGUGCGCCAUUCAACAACGCCUCCAUGUACCAUACGCCUUGCGACAUCAACUACAACAACCAGACGAGUGUAGAACAGUGCUGGCAAGGAGACAACACCGUGGCUCUUGCAGAUGUCAGAACGGAGGACUCCCAUGUGUCGAGCCUCUGGAAUACUUGGAUCGCCCAGCUGGUCAAGAACUAUACCAUCGAUGGAAUUCGUCUCGACAGUGCCAAGCACGUGAACGGCGCAUCUGUCACUUCUCUACAGUCUGCAGCAGGCGGAAUGCACUUCCUUGGCGAAGUCUACCACAGUGACCCGAACUACGUCUGCCCGUAUCAGAACAACAUGACGGGCAUGCUGAACUAUCCGACAUUCUACUAUAUUACACAGGCCUUCCAAGCUACUAACGGGAGCAUCAGCAACCUCGUCAACGGCAUCAACACGAUGAAAUCGACCUGCAAGGACACAAACCUUCUCGGCUCUUUCCUCGAGAAUCAGGAUCAACCACGCUUUCCUAGCCUUACGUCCGAUCAAUCUCUGAUCAAGAACGCUGUUGGUUUCGCUUUGAUGGCAGAUGGUAUCCCAAUCCUAUACCAAGGCCAGGAACAGAAGUUCUACGGCGGCUCAGUGCCAUACAACCGCGAAGCUCUAUGGACUUCCGGAUACGCCACGGGCAGUUCCAGUCUGUACAGCUACAUCACUGUCCUCAAUAAGGUCCGCACCUGGGCCAUCAAGCAAGACAAUCGAUACGUCACAUACAAGGCUUGGCCAAUCUACAACGACACCCAGACCAUCAUCAUGCGCAAGGGCAUGCCCAGCAACCAGGUCAUCGGCGUGUACACCAACCGAGGUGCUUCUGCGAACACUGCCACGAUCACUCUUGGUGCUACCAAUUCCGGCUUCACCGCGAACCAGAACGUCAUGGACGUUGUUGCUUGCAAGUCUUACACGACCGAUUCAAAGGGCAACCUCGGAGUGACCAUCACCGCCGGCCUUCCUCAAGUCUUCUACCCUCAAUCGUCACUGAGCAAGAGCGGCAUCUGCAACCAGUAA